UUGCAAAUAAAAAUAAUUCAAAAUUUCUAAAUGGUAUAAAAAUAAAUUUCUGUAAAAAUGUUACGGAAAAUUUUAUCGCAUACACCCAAGCAAUUUUAUUGUACAAUAGCAAAGAAUACUCAUAAAAAUGCAUUGAAUGAAACAAAUAAAUUAACUCGAGAACUGGCGGCACGAAUGAAAUUAACUGGCCCCAUAACAGUUGCUGAUUAUAUGAAAGAAGUUUUAACGAAUCCAUCAUUGGGUUAUUAUAUGAAUCGGGAUGUUUUUGGUGAGCGUGGUGAUUUUGUUACAUCACCAGAAAUGGGACAAAUGUUUGGGGAGUUGAUUGCUGUAUGGUUUAUAAGUGAAUUAGAAAAAAUAGGUGACCCAACUCCUUUGCAAAUAAUUGAACUAGGUCCAGGAAGAGGUACAUUAGCUGCAGACGUCUUAAGGGUAUUUCGUCACAUCCAAAAAGAUCGAUAUCCUUUUAUAAGUUUGCAUUUAGUUGAAGUUAGCCCGUAUAUGCGAGAAAUUCAAGCGAAAACAUUACGAGUGAGCCUGAAUGAAGAAUACUCAAUACAACACAAUACAAAAACAAAUAGUUCAAAUAUCGAAGUAAAUCAUUCGAAAACCGGUGUGACCCCGGAUGGAUUAUAUGUGUAUUGGUACGAUUCAAUUGAAGAUGUGCCUAAAAAUUUUUCUAUUUUGGUUGCACAUGAAUUUUUUGAUGUUUUACCAAUACAUAAAAUUAAGAAAACCGCAAAUGGUUGGCGUGAAAUAUUAAUUGAUUAUAGUGAAAAAGAUAAACAAUUUAAAUAUGUUUUAUCACCAACGGCUACAGCAAUAAGCUCAUCAAAAUUAAUCGACGAAUUACAUGAAGAUCGUAAUGAAUUUGAAAUAUCACCAAAAGCAUUAACGAUUAUUGAGCAUAUUGCAUCCAGAUUCGAAAAUGAUGGUGGUAUUGGAUUAAUUGUAGAUUAUGGGCAUAUGGGUGACAAACGUGAUACAUUUAGAGCAUACAAAAAACAUAAACAAUAUAAUCCGUUACUAAAUCCUGGAACAGCGGAUUUAACGGCCGAUGUGGAUUUUAAACAACUGAUAAAAUACGCUACCAAAGAUCAAAAACUCUUAGCAUUUGGACCAGUGACACAAAGUGCAUUCUUAAAUUCAUUAGGUAUUAAGAUACGUUUAGAUAUGCUAAUUAAAAAUGCCAAAAAUCAACAACAAAUCGAUUCAUUGAAGCAAGCGUACAAAGUGAUGACUGAUGCCGAUCAAAUGGGUGAACGUUUUAAAUUCAUUUCACUAUUUCCUAGUAUACUCGGCGAGCAUUUAAAAAAAUUUCCAGUUGCCGGAUUUCAAUAAGAAAAAUCAUCAUAUUGUGUUCUUUGUUAAAUUAGGGCCAUUUUAAUAUGGGAUUCCUUUUCCUCCUAGAGCAAAACGUAAUAACGACUUUUUUUCGAUUAAGGUUUCUAAUCUUAAGAAUUUGAAUGUGAAGUAUUCACUCCUUAAGGAUCAUGAAAUUAUUAAAAAAAUUAUAAGAAUAAAUUUAUAACAUUGCGAGGAUAAAUUUGCUCAUUUUAUAUUCGUUCAC